AUGGGGGCCAAGGUGUCUAUUUAUAAAGUUUCAAGUUUUGUGCUUGCCUUCAAACAUUGCCUGUCAAAACUUAGUGGCAAGCUAUACCUCGCUGCAGUUGACGAAGCCAUCAAGGUGAUUGUGGCCCGAUCUUGUACGCCUCUGCCUGACGAUACGGACUUGAUUGCUUGGUUCCGGGAAAAGUCUUCUUCUCUGGACGCCCAUGUGACUGGAUCAGUGCCUACUGCUGUGCUGAAAGCCCUCAGGAUUCCUGGGCCAGCCGUGCCCACUCGACAAUCAGUGCAGAUUGCAAAAGAGCCAGCAGUGCCCCCUCAACAAGCAGCGCAGAUUGCAACAGACCUGUGCAUCGCUUGUGACACUGCGCUGCGCCUCGGUGAUACAUGCACUCAGCACCCCCUUGUGGAAGGAGCCAUUUGUGAAGACUGUCGUGGAAAGCUUCUUGAGAGUUUGUUCGCAAUUGCUCCGGAUGGUACCUGCGCAUAUUGCCUCAUCUGCGGGAAUGGCGACGAAACAUUCAUUUGCGACAAUGUGGAUUGCGGCAGGUGCAUUUGUUCCCAGUGCUUAGAGCGACUUGUCGGUGAGAAGGAACCUGACAAGGUGACCAGGUGCUCUCCUUGGCACUGCAACAUCUGCCAAGGGCGUUCAGCUGGUCGCCUUCGGCCGCGGCCUGACUGGGAGGCCCGUGUGAAUCAGUUCUUCCGGAAUCCACAGGCUGUGACCCCUCCUGUCCUGGAGCAGCUUCCUCGGCAGAGCUUGCGCGUGCUAUCCCUGUUUGAUGGAAUUGCAACUGGCAAGUACGUACUGAACCAACUGGGCCUCUCAGUAGAGGUGUACUAUGCCAGUGAAGUAGACAACGACGCCAUUCACGUGGGCCUCACUCGUCAUGGAUCCUCAAUUACCUACCUGGGGCCAGUGGAGCACCUUAACGAGCAAAAGCUCAAGGAACUGUGUCCCAUCGACCUUCUUAUUGGCGGCUCCCCAAGUAGUGACCUGGCGAACAUCAACGCAAAUAGGAAAAGCUUGUAUGAUGCAACAGACACGGGUAUACCCUUUUUUGAAUUCUACAGAGUCUUGCGCACUAUAUUACUAGCGAACGGUGAGACGCACCUCUUUUGGAUAUUUGGAAGCAUCGUUGCCAUGCCACGGGAGUACCGGUGCAUCAUAUCCCGUUUCCUCCAGUGUGAGCCGGCACUUUUGGAUGCACACAGCUUCUCGGCUCAAGCAAGGGCUAUGCUGUUCUGGGGAAAUAUUCCUGGUGUGGAUAUAUCUCUAAGCCCGGAAAUAGUGCAGAGUACCACUGUACAAAGUAUCCAUCAUCCGCUGCGGAAAAGAAAGGCUGCAGUUGCUAAAGUGCAGACAGUGAAGACAAAUCCAACCUCCCUGUGGCGAAGCAAGCAUGGAUCCUUGCCUGUCACCAUGGAUGAAGAAGGAAACAUGCCCUCAGUCACAGAGCUGGAAGGGUUGUUUGGAUUUCCGAGGCAGUACACAAACGUGGGCAACAUUUCGCUGGGCAAACGACGCCAGCUGCUGCGAAAAGCCUGGAGUGUGCCAGUGGUGUGCCAGAUUUUGCGGCCGCUGCGAUCCUUCUACCGACAUUCAUAAGCGAUAGCCUGAUCCUGAAUCUUAAAUUUUCUAAUGUCUAAAUUGCAUGAUGAAAGAAUUAGAAAUCAAACAAUACCCCAGAUGGCUCCUUGCCUCUACAAGAUCUAAAUUUAUGCUAGAAAUUCGUAUUUUUUUUACUUUCAGUGUCAUAAUCUUCAUCUAUUGGAACAUCCAAUCAGUACGAAGGCUCUGCAUGUGUAGAAAUAUGCUAUAAGUCUAGUUUUGUAUGAAAAUUACUGCUACAAGACUACUAAAGUAUGGUUAAUUAUAAUAUUUUCUUCACUUUAUAUUUCCUUACUAACCAAGCCAGGCUUUGUCGCGAAGGUAGUAAUGAUCGCUUUGUAUUGUUACAUAUAGGCAAUAUCAUGUUUUAUUAACCACACUACUCAUAGAGAGGUAACCAACAUAUAUUUCGAUGUUAUGUUGUAUUCAUAAGUGAGAGUUUACAAUAAAUGUAAUUCAGCAUCAGUGGAAGCACACACAUUGUAAUGCGUACCAUAUUUUAAUUAAAAAUUAUAGUGUACAUCUGCAUGCUACAAGCUGUAAUGAAAAUCUUCUGAAAUAAAGUGUCACAGUUUUUACCCCA